AUGGCACAAGGCAACAUCUACCCAGAGGAGAAAGCUGGUGGUUGGCCAGGUGCGGCAACAAGAGGAGGCAGAGAGAUGCGCAACGGCAGUCUCACAGUCCAAACAGGGCAGUGGACUAGCUGGGAAAACAUCGAGCAUCGGAAGCUCACAUGGAAGGAUCUUUGGGUAAUGGAAGGAAGCCAAAUUAGCUUCAUCAUCAGAGCCACCUAUGAUGUUCUUCCCACACCCAAGAACCUAAACCAGUGGCUGGGAGAAGAUCCCUCCUGUGCACUUUGCCAAACUCCUGGAACACUGCGGCACAUCCUCACUGGCUGCAAAACCAGUUUGUCCCAAGGUCGAUACACCUGGAGACACAACCAGGUUCUACGACAACUGGCGAUCACCCUGGAAGAAAGGAGAAGCACCACCAACGCCCUCCCUCCACCAAUGCCCAGACACUCGAACACCACCACCUUUGUAAAAGCAGGACAACUCCCAAUAAAACCAUCUGCAAGAGUCGAAACAACCAUCCUAGACUCUGCCCGAGACUGGAGGAUGCUGGUUGAUCUUGACAAGAAACUCGUCUUCCCGCCUGAGAUCAUAACAACUAACCUCAGACCAGACCUGGUCUUGUGGUCAACCUCCCAGAAGUCUGUGUUCAUUGUUGAACUAACUGUACCAUGGGAGGCUGCAGUUGGUGAAGCAUAUGAACGCAAACAACUGAAGUACGCUGACGUAGCAGCCGAGGCAGAACAGCGCGGCUGGCGUACGCAGGUGCUUCCGGUCGAGGUCGGAUGUAGAGGGUUUGUUGCCACGUCCACAACCAAGCUUCUUAAGAGGAUGGGAGUCCGAGGACAGUGUUCCGCAAAGCCGUCAAGUCACUGUCAGAAGCUGCAGAGCGAAGCAGCAACUGGCUUUGGAUCAAGAGAAAGGACCCCAACUGGGCUGCAAAAUGAAUAUGGAGGGGUAAAAGCGGAGGGGGGCACUCCUGGGACGCCAGGUGUCGCCGUUGAGCUCUCUGGAGGUGUCGUGGGCCUAUCAAUGAAACACCGGUGA